AUGAGGAGAAGUCGACGGUUAAGGAAAGCAGCUGAGAUGAACGCCCCUCCAAAGCCUACCAAAAAACCAAUGACCGUGUUGAACGCCGCUUCUAAAGAGAACACCGAUGGGAAUGCGGAAAUAACAAGUGGAAAAAAAAUUUUACUUACCAUCAAUCCGGAUUUGAAUAAGGAUGUGCCCAUGGACGUCGAUUCGACCGUAGAUUUUGAACAGUUACUGGAGACUAUAUCGGAAGACGGUGAUGAAGAUUUUUUUGAUGUGAAAACUGAAAGCUUGGAGGAGUUGGAUGUGAAUUUGAAAGAGCUGGCUCAUGGUCAAGGUUAUAUCUGUACUUUAUGUCAUGUGAAUAUAGAAGAGUAA